AUGUCCAAUCGACUUUCAUCUAAAAGAUCAUGGCAGAAGAAGCAAUGUUAUAAGAUCUACUUGGAAACUCAAAGAAAAAGUCUUGAGAAUGAAAUAGGAGGUCUUAAACCUGAUCUUGGUUUCUGUCAGAACCAGAAGCAGCUCUUGGAGCAGGAACAACUGAAAUUGCGCCGGAGAAUGGAAAUUAUUCAGAACGAGAUUAUGCUCAAAGAUGCUGAGAUUGAGAUGAACAAAAGCGAAGUGAAUAGGCUGAGGGAAUGCUAUGUGAUGAUGCAACAAGGGCUAUUGCAAGCACCUCUUCUUAAUAUUGAUCCGAUGCAGCAUUGGUACAACGAUCCAAACUCAUAUCAAGUUGCAGGAAAUGGAGUGGGGAGUUCAUACAUACCAGCAGAGCCGAGCCAGAUGUGGAUAGCUGAUGCUGUGCCGAAUAUGCAUGGAUUGAACAUGAAUCUGCCUAACCACUACAUUGGAUCCAUGAUAAAUGAUAUAAGCGGAACCUUUCCGAACUCUGACCUUAAUUAG